AUGACUUCUAUUGCUUCGAAAUUAAGGAGGCGUCUAGUCGUCCAGGGAGCGCAGGAAACCUCCUUUCUCGACAACGAUGACAUUCGACCUUUGUCAUUGAAGGACCGUUCUUGGACGCAGACGACCUACUUUACCUUCUGGUUCUCUGCCGCAGCCACUGUCGCGGGGUGGUAUUCGGGCAGCGCCGCCCAGUCAACUGGCCUCAGCAUCUGGGAGGUCGUGGGAUGCCAAGCAGCGGGCUACUUACUCAUCGCCAUCGUUUUCGUCAUCAACGGACGGCCGGGCGCCGUAUACCAUGUAGGAUACCCGAUUCUCAACCGAGCCGCUUUCGGCGUGUAUGGCGCGUGGUGGCCGACCUUCAACCGUGCCGUCAUGGCCAUUGUCUGGAACGGAGUCAAUGGAGUACAAGGAGGGCAAUGUGUCUAUGUCAUGCUGCACGCCAUAUUCCCCGGCAUCGCCACCAUCCCCAACAGGAUGGGCCAGGGCUCGGCGCUCACAUCGGGAGGCAUGAUAGGCUACGUCCUGUUCUGGUUGAUGAUUUGCAGCGUUCUCUGGAUCCGGAUUCCCAAGAUGCGUAUCUUGAUUUUAUACGUUAUUUCCGCCGUGGCUAUGUUGGCUUGGACGCUCACCCUCGCCGGAGGCCCCGGUCCCGUGCUGUCCCAGGGCUCCCGCGUGCACGGUUCGGAAAAGGCGUGGCUUAUCGUCCGGUUCGUGUGGCUCUUCGCGGCCAACUGUGCGACCUUCGCCAGCAAUGCGGCCGACUUUCAGCGCUACGCCAAAAAGCCCAACGACGUCAUCCUUGGCAACCUUGUCGGCUUUCCGGUGGCUGAUGUCUCAGUGGCCAUUGUCGGCAACAUCGUGGCAUCGACGUCGACCGUCAUCUUUGGCGAGCUCGAGUGGAAUCCCAUCAUGCUUCUCGACCGCAUACAGACCGAGAAUUACACCUCUGCGAACCGAGCCGGGUGUUUCUUUCUGGCGCUAAUGUUUGCUUACUCGGCCUUGUUCUCGUCCGUUUUCGAGAAUAGCAUUCCAGCCGGCAACGACAUUGCGGCUCUGGUGCCCAAGUAUAUCUCGAUCCGCCGCGGUAUGUUCAUCUGCCAAGUUAUCUCCUUCGCCAUCAACCCGUGGUUCCUCCUCGGCUCGGCGUCCAUCUUCAUCCGCUUCCUGGGGUCGUAUCAAAUCUUCCUCUCGGCCAUCACCGGCAUCCUCAUUUGCAACUACUACGUUGUCUUGCGGGGCCAGCUUAAUGUGCCGGACCUCUACACCGCGGACAAGUCAGGCGUCUACUACUUCACCAAGGGCUGGAAUAUCCGCGCCUAUAUCGCCUACCUCGUCGCCGUCGCCGUCAAUUUCGCCGGGUUCCUCGGCAACAUGGGCGUCACCGUGCCUGUGGGCAUCACCCGCUUCUACUACUUUGCGUAUCCCGUCGGCCUCCUGCUGUCAUUUGGCGUUUUCCUGCUGUGCAGCCUCGUUUCGAAGCCGGCUCAUACCGUGCCGUUCAGCGAGUGGUCUGAGCCCAAGAAUUUUGUCCGUCCUGAAGAGGAUACUGAGAACGGGCCGGUCCUGAACGGCAUGGAGCCAGGGAGCAGCACAGAUGUUCAGAUGGAGAAUGAAGAGAAGACUCCUAAGGUGAAGGAGCAAUUGGCAUAG